AGCCAAUCAGAAAACAGCAUCGCCGGAAAUGUCCAUUAAAUGUAUCUUGUCCUAAAACGAAUAGAAUAAUGUGAAUUCUGUCGUCACUUUUUCAUGUGUACAGAUGUUUUAGGCAAUAUGAUUUUUCUUUUUGUUGUCUUGUGGACAUAUUAAAGAUUCAAAGUGGGAAAGUCGAAGUAGAUUACUAGACUAGUAUACUAAGAGUGGCAGACACAGCUGUUAAUUUAUUUUGCAACCAAAGCACUGUUAUCUGCCCAGCUUAUCAUUGGUGUAACCUAUAGUGUGAACUUGACCUGGUUGUGCAUUAUAGAGGUUUAACCUGUGGCACUGCAGUGUAUAUUAGGUGUAAUUUAAGACCUGGACCUGUCAACUUGCACUCAGUCACGAGUCGCUGUUUGUAAAUGAGAGAACACGAACUCUUUCAGUAAUGUUUGAGGGAUAGUGUUGUGUUUUUAAACGGACAAUAAUCAGAUGGACUUCACGGAGUGCUAUGGAGACACCUGUUCAGCCGUCGCGCUGGCAGCCCGGGAGGGGAAGGGUCGACGGGUGCAGAAGCUCAUCCAGAGAGGCUUCGCGGUGGAUGUGAAAGAUAACCGGGGCUGGAGCGCCCUGCAUGAGGCUGCGGAGGCUGGAUCAGCGGAGUGUGUGCGGCUUCUCCUCACUGCAGCCGUCAAUGGCGAAGACUACGUCAACACUUUGACGCAUAACUCAGAGACUCCUCUUUAUUUUGCCGCGAGGAAUGGACACCUCCGGGCAGUGAAGUGGCUUAUCAAGGGUGGUGCGGACAUUAACAGGACGACCAAUGAACUCUCCUGUCCCCUCUUUGCAGCUGUAGAUAGUGGGCACAAAGAUGUGGUGGAGCUGCUGGUUGAAAAUGGGGCAGAAGUCAAUGGGACUUACUCUGUGUCAGGCUGGUGUUGUCUCCAUCAAGCUGUUUACAAGGGCCAUACAGAGAUUGUGAGGUAUCUGGUGAGCAUGUGCUCUCUGGAGGCAGUUGAUGACUAUGGGAUCACACCAUUAUUUGUUGCUGCACAAUAUGGACAUCACCAAUGCUUAGAGAUUGUUGCAAAUGCCGGGGCGAUUGUGAACUGCCAGGCAAACGAUCUGGCCACGCCGCUGCUCAUUGCCGCUCAGGAGGGCCACGUCCGGUGUGUGGAGCUUUUACUGGCCCAUGGAGCUGACCCCAACCUGUACUGCAAUGAGGACUGCUGGCAGCUACCCAUCCAUGCUGCGGCCCAGUUCAGUCGUCUUAGUAUUUUAGAGAAGCUGAUUCCGGUAACGAAGCGAGAAUGUGACCGGGGCGAGGGAAAGGUCAGUCCAGUUUAUUUGGCAGUACUUAGCGGACAAGCGGACAGCCUGCGGGCCUUGCUAAAGAAGGGCUACAGUCCAGACGCCCAAAGCUGUCGACAGUUUGGCUACAGCUGCCCUUUGGACAUGGCUCUGUGGUGCAACUCUUGGAAUUUGAACAGCGAGUGUCACCAGAUUCGUGAAAUCACUCUGAUGCUCUUGGCAGCAGGGGCCCAUGUGAGAAUGGGCAUCUAUGCUUUUGCAUUACAAGGCCACGUACCAGAGCACCUUCCCUUGAUCUUAGAGCACGCUGGCCUUCCUCGGGGUGACCGACUCGAAGAACUGGCCCAUAGAGCCAUUGGUGAGAUGCAGAGUGCAUCUUUCUGGCUCCCCCUGCUGCUCAAAGCAGGAAUGGACCCCAUGCUGCUCCUCCAGGACAAAAUAUUCUCUCUCACCGUCGAGCAGAUGGCACCUGGACGCCACGGAAGCAUUUUGAAUCAGUCCCUGUCCUCACCCAUCUGUGCAGACUGGCAGUGCGGGCAGCGGUGGUGGGCAGCAGUGCUCUGUCUAAGACGUCCUUCAUCAAACAGCUGCCCGUCCCCACACUGCUUCAGGACUACCUUCAGUUCAGCGACGUCUCAGGCUUGCUUAGGUAGCGGCCUGACUGUCAAGUGUGGCUAAUUACGUUAUCUCAACUUGUUCCACUGCAGUAUUUUGUAUAUAAUGUUAAUAAAAUUGUAAUGACUGUUCAAUGACGCUGGACUCUGGCUCUUUUCAUUACCUUGAUAUUUAGAAAAUGUGGGAGGACAAAUGGAGAAUUCCACCAAUUUAUCUUCACUGUUCUGUUCCCCUCGUACACAGCUGGCCUUCAUACUGAGUUGGUGUUGAAAUUCACCUCUGCUCCGUGUCUUUGGUCUGCCUCGUUAUCUUCUCUCUCUCAGCGGCUCUCCUCUCUGUCUGCCUCCAAGGUCACUCUGCCUCAAAGACGCAUACUCUCUUCGAAUGUUAAUUGCCAACGCAGCCACACUCAUUCAGAGAUGCUACUAUCUGCCUUUGGUCAUGCUAUUUAUUUAACAUUUUAUGUUAACUUUUAGCAAUGCGCAUAGCACACCUUCAAAAACUCGCCGUUAAUUUAAAAUCAUCCAUAUCUCUGCGGCGCGAUGCUCUCAACCUCUUGCUGCUUUGUGAAUAGAGGCGUACCGUUAUGAAUAGGCAGUUAAUCUGUUUCU